AGGCUGCAGCUCAGUGGUUUGGAAGCGCCUCAUGUUGCAGAGCACAACCUAUAAUCCAUACAUAUUAAAACAAACAAACACACAAACUUUACAUGUUUACUCAGAAAUCGACUUAACGAGGAAAUUAUAACCGCUGACAAAUUAAACAUCAUUCAGGAUUUCCUUCUACCAUUUCUACAAUGUAUAUUAACUUCGACUGACGCGAGAGAGUUGAUGGAACAAUUCAGAGAAGCCGACUUGCAAACCAUGGAGCUUGUUCUCGUCACUCAUGUCGUGGAUGCCAUCACAUUCUGGGCUCAGAAUGUGACUGAGGACAAGGCCUGUGAGAACAUGGACACCUUGUUGUCAGAUAAAUGUCCCACUGCACAGAGACUGAAGAGCAAGCCAAGUCCCCACAAGGUUUAUGGAGCCUGCUACUCAGGAGACAGAUGCUGGUAUAGAUGCAAAGUGCAGAAGCAGAUAGAUGACUCAUUUCACGUUACUUAUAUUGAUUAUGGAAAUGAGGAGGUGGUAGACAGGUCUGAUCUUGUUGAACUCCCAGAAGACCUGCAGUCGACUGCUCUUGCCCAAAGAUACAAGUUCUGGGGCUUUAGUUUGGCAAGUGAUCAGGGCUCACCACAAUACUCCCAGGGGAAGUCCUUUCUUCAGAAUCUGAUAUAUGGAAAGAAGCUGCGUGUUAAUGUGAUGUCGGACUGCUUUGAUGGAACGAUCUUGGUUAAGGCAUUUCAGGGCAAUCUGGAUAUUGGUGAAGAAGUGUUGAAGUUCAAAUUUGCCAUAGUGACUAUUCCAGGCAACAUUGAGUCCCCGUCUCCUUCUAAUAAGCAGACUGGAUUGUGGCUUUCCCGGAUACCUCAGGGAGACUCUGAAAACACAGGAUCUUUAGGAUAUAUGCCCAAAUUACGCCCCGUUUUCUCCAACCAAAAGCCUGAAGUCAUAAAAGAGCAAAGCACCAGCAAAACUCUAAUGGCUUCCAGUGUGCCAGAAGCAGAGAGGGAGUUGGUAAAGGAAAGCCAGCAGCCUAAUGCCGAGAAAGUCAUCGUACAGCUGUGUAGUCAGGUCACUGAGCAAAUGCUACAUGAAGCUGAAUUAAAACUGCAGAGGGCAAGAGAAGAGGUGGAAGAGAAAAUGAAGGAAAUAAAUAAACUUGAGAAGGAGAAGAGCGACCUCCAGAAUCAAGCAGAUAAUCUAGAGCAGCAGCUGAAGGAAGCCAGAUUGGAGCUGCAGAAAGCUCUUGAGCCAUGUCUAAGAAAAGAUGAGUGUGUGGAAGUGAAUAUGAAAUUACCAGAAUGUACGCGGUUUUCCCAACUGGCUAAAAAGGUGGAAGUGGUGAGAAGAAACAGGGAUAGUGGAAAGGGCACUACUGCAGAGGAAUGCCUUUCUGAAUCUAUACCAGUGGUGCUCAACAAUAGAAUUGUCAUGCCACUUAUAUCGGAAACACUUGAGUUGGCGUGGGAAGACUACAGACAGCAAUUGAAGCAGCUUAAAGAGUGUGAAAGUAAGGGGGAGUUGGAGGACCUGGUGAGCAGACGGAAUCAGGCUCGCAGUGUUCUUCUAACUGCCAUAGAUGACUUCCUUGAGAUAGUGGCCAGUCUGCCAAUUACUGAACGCAUGAACACCCUAAAGAAUAUCCGCUCAUCACUUAUGGCUGUAUUUGGUUCAGUUGCAACAAAUGAUGUUCAGGAUCAAUCUUUAGAGGAUUUCGGUGAGUGGAAAACGCGAAGGCAACAAAACUUCAAAACAGUGCGUGAGGCAACAGAUAAGGCCCUCUGUGCUCUCAGUGACUGGGCAGAAUGCACUAGCAAGUUUUUUUGUUCGACAGAAAAGACUCCUGUGUCCUUGGAAGCUGUUCGCGCAGGAGUGGAUGAGCUUCUGGAGCAGACUGAGUCUGUUGUGUCUGAGGAGCUGAACACUAAAUUCUUUGAGCAAAAUGUUGAAGACAUGAAAAUAAUGUCCACUGCAUGCUAUAUGGUGAUGAAGCAUAUCCAGAAAGAGGAGCAUCUACUGUGUAACCUUACAAAGAUGUAUGACGAUAACAAAAAGUUUAAGGAGGACAUGGUGCAGUGGCAGAACAGCUCCCAGAAAGCAGAUGAGCUCUUUCACGUAAAGAAGUGCAUCAAGAGUCUGCGUUCACAGCUGCGUUGGAAGCUAGUAGAGGUGGGAUGCCUGGAAGAGGCUGAUGACCUGGACCUGCCCGAGAUUCUUAGAAAGAAGGAAGAGAUUGCUGAGACCAGGAACGCUCUCUUUGAGCAAAUUCAGCGUGAGAGAGAGCAAUAUGUAAAACUCUCUGAGCUGGUGAAAGGAAACUUUCCUGAGCUUCGGCUACUGUAUCCUGAGGCAGACAUUGACAAUUACUUGCUCUCGGAGGGACUGUUAAUAAAAAGUUUGGAUCGAGACAUAUUUGAUGCCGAACCAAUGAGAGAGCUGAGCGGGCGCAGGCCACUAGUGUGUACUGAGUUCCAGCACCAAAAGGUGGUGCUCAAGGGCUACUCUGUGGAUGAAGAGUCAGAAGUGAGGAUGAUUAAGCAGGCUGCACAAUAUCACAAAGCUCAGAAUCAGCACCCGUCCUUUGCCAUGCCUCUGCUGGGACUCUUCUUCGGCAAGUCGGAUCCUCUUGCCUACAUCAUGGUGCCUUACUACUCGAGCAGCAGUCUUAAGGCUGUGCAGAAACACACCCCCCUGACACCACCUGAGAUUGGGAAGGUGAUGAGAGGAGUACUUCGGGGCUUACAGUGUCUGCAUGAGUCCUGCAUUACACAUGCUUCUUUAAAUGCGAACAACAUGUUUGUUCUUAACCGAGAGCAGGGCAUUGUCGGGGAUUUUGAUUUCACAAAGACGCCAGAGCAGAGGGCUGUGGACUGUGGCAUGGUGACUGGCUCCAUCAGUCUUGUGGCUCCAGAGCUAAAACAGAGCAAACCGCCUUCUCCUGCCUCCGACAUGUACGCUUUUGGAGGCCUCAUGCUCUGGCUUUAUGCUCCUGACUGGACUGGAGAUACGGACAAUGAGCAACAUUGCCCAAGGUUGUCUGGAUUACUGCUGGAUGUCAAAGUCCAAACUCUCCUCUCAAAGCUGCUGGUCUGUUCUGGAAGACUAUCAGCUGUAGAAGCACUGGAUGAUGAUUACUUCCUCUCACUUGAAAAUUUAAAAUAAUUUCAAAUUAGAAUAAAAAAUUGUUGCAUGUAUUGUUCUAUUUGUUGUUUAUUGUUGUUUGUUUAAAUAACUGCAGAUGGAUGAUCCGCUGUGGCGACCCCUAAUGGGAGCAGCCGAAAGAAGAAGUUUAAAUAACUGCACGUUUUUUACUUUUGAUGUUUUGUUUGAACAUGCAAAUUGUGCCUAACAAUGUUGAGUUAAACUGGAGUAAGUUGAAGUAGAUUUAAAAAACUGAAAUACUGGGAUGGCAAGGCCAGUUUUAUCAUGUUUGCUAUAUAUUGAAGAAAUUUUUGUUUAAUUAGUUAAUAGAUAUUAAAAGAUUAUUAGAUAUGAGAUGAUGUAUCAAUAUUGUAUUUAUUGAUAUUUACAAUUAGAUGUGUUAAAUUACUUGGCACCUUUUGUUUGGUUUUGUUUAACCCACCAGUUUUUUUUUUUUUUUUUUGUUUCCUAGUUGAUGCUAAACAGUGGAAAAUUUGACUAAUUUUCUGCUGUGAGAUUGUUUGUUAAAAUAUUUAUUAGUUCUAAAUGUCUGCUCUUUAAGCCCUGGGUUUCUCAGGUAUAAACUGUAUUUGUUGUUAAAAGGAAUAAACUAACAUAAAGCCCA